AUGGAGAAAGCAUCUCCACCGCCCCAGCCUCAGGUGCAGCUGUCAAUAGCCAAGACCGACAGUCCGGCGGAUGAUGUCUCUGGCUUGUCUGAUGAGGACCUGCUAAAGUGGACCAAAGAGGACCUGGUGAGGCGACUGAGACGCUCCGAGGCCGACAAGAUGAGUGUGAUUCUCGACCACGGAAAUCUCAUCCGAGAGGUCAACCGCAGCCUACAGUUGCACUUGAACGAGAUCCGGGGGCUGAAGGACAUCAAUCAGAAGCUGCAGGAAGACAACCGUGAACUGCGAGACUUGUGCUGCUUCCUGGAUGAUGACCGGCAAAAAGGAAAGCGUGUGUCCAGGGAGUGGCAGCGUCUGGGCCGUUAUAGCUCAAACAUUAUGCGCAAAGAGGUGACACUCUAUCUCCAAAAACUAAAGGAAUUAGAGCUUCGACAGGAGGAAGUCAUACGAGAGAACUUGGAGCUGAAAGAGCUCUGUCUCCUACUGGAUGAGGACAAAGGAACAGUAGGCGGAGGUGGAGUAACAGGCGGGAGUGUUGGAAUGGGUGUGGGGUCCCGAAACUCCAUAGACAGCCAAAACAGUUUGCUUCUGGUCCCCGGGCAAGGGCUUUUAAUGAGGGAUGUUGGGGAUGGGAGCAGCACCUCCAGUGCAGGGAGUGCUGACAGCUCAGAUCACCAUCAACAUAAGCAAACUCACUUGGCUAUUGGGGUGGCUGGGCUCGGAAAUGCUGGGGAAAAAAGGAGUCCUGAGAUAGCGCAUAAACCCAGAUGUAGCAGCAUCAGUGCCAUAGGAGGAGGACUAUCGGACAGGGAGAUCUCGAGUCCUGAGCAUCCGGCCGGGCGCAACCGGAGUACCAGUCUGGAAUACCCAUAUACGUUGCCCCAACUCUGUCGACCACGUUGCGGUUCCAUAUCAGUGCCUGACCACAGCCGGGUCAUGCGAGGCUUGAGCCCAGAGAAAUACGGAAGGAACGUGGGACGGAGUAGUCCAGAGCAGCACCCCAAGCACUACAGCUCUGACCUUCUUUUAGGCCAGAGGCAGCACUACCUGGGACAGGGUGGCAGCGGCGACAUCUACCAGAGACACCACAGGAGUAGUAUUAGUAGCACCGGUUGUGAGAGCCCUGAGCCUCGCCAUGCACAUUUAGGGACCAGUGAGUAUGUUGAAAAAUGUUGUAAAGUCCAAGGGGGCAGUCCUGAGAUUCACAGGCACCAAUACAGUCUGAGUCCCGACCAUGGGAAGUAUGGCAGCCCAGUUAGAGAUACACAGAGGAAGUCACCUGGAGAUGAGUUGUCACCACAUCAUCGGAGCAUCUACAACGGGAUGAAUGCUUUGAUAUCAGCCGGCUGCUGCACCAACAACUGCAGAAAUGUCAAGCUAUGGGACAGUUUUGAUGCCUCCUCUUGA